AUGGAGAAUUCUUCAGCAUCAGCAUUUUCUGAUGAUGAGAUUCAAAACAACAUGAACAUGGGAAGUUGCAUAACUGAUUUCCAUUUCUCACCUGCUUUACCAUCAUGCAGCGUCUUUAACAUGCCACCACCACCAUCACCACUGUCUGAUCCUAAUCUAAGUGAUGCUUCUUUUUCUAGUUACAUGGAUGAUUUCAACGCUUUUUAUUGGUUCUCAGACUUCAACUUUGAAACCGGCACGUCAGAAUCACUACCUGCUGCAACCCAAACUGACCUGCAGCAGCCUGUCUCGGACUCGUCUUCGAUUCCUUCGUCCUACAAUGAGGCUGGUGCAGUUGCUGUCAAACCGGUUGGUGCAGUUGCUGUCAAACCGGUUGUUGCCGCAGCUGAAAAUGAAGAUAGACUGCAACUUGUUGAAGGAAAAGGAGCUGAGGAUCACGGUGGAGAUCAUCGAAUCGAAGCGGUGGAGAAUCCAAAUGAUCAAAAUCAGGCGAAGAAAACGUGA